UCCCCUGCCCCCCCCCCCCCCUUUCCAUCUUGCUUAAACACACGAAAUAUGGACGCGGUAGGUUUCAUUGCUGGUCGCAAAAGAAUGUUCGAAUACUCCUCAUGGCACCUCGUUCUUUCCCGCUGGAGCCGUUUACUCUCUCCGAUAAUACCGAUUCCAACACGUCAAUGAUUCUCAGUCCCAUCAUUUCAGUUGACCUCCCUGAUCUUUUCGGAUCUAUCAAUGAUCUGGAUGAGAUGAAGCGUCUCGUUCAGUCGGGUGAACUCUGGAUAGCACGUACGGGCAUCUGUCGGUUCUACCUCACAGUACUUCUCGAAGACUCUAACGACGGCCCGGACAUCGCCUUGUCUUGGCUUGUAGAGCACAUAGCAACGUUCCUGGAGAACCUCAAGGACUUCAACUAACUCGUUAUCCGGACAACCAGCUGCGCAGCAACACGAUGGUAUUCAUCAUCGGCCAUCCGGAUCUUGCAUCCAGCCUUCUGACGCCCAUUGGAG